CAGAGCGGUGGGCAUUGUCACGUGCAGCCGCCUGGCGCGGAUUGGCUCCCGGCUCGCGAGCUCCCGGGGGAUUGGCCGCGGCGGGGGAGGCUGCGUCGGCGCGGCGGCUGUGGGGCCGACAGCAGCCCGCAGGGAUGGAGGUCCUGGACGAGUUCGACCGCGAGUUCCCCCAGAGCGUGACCUUCUGCCGACUCAUCUCCGAGGAGGACUUCGAGAGGCAGGCGGCCACCUGCACGGAGCGCGCGCUGCGCCGCCUCUUCCGCAGCAUCGACCGCAACCCCGCGCUGGCCGAGAGGGUGGUGCGCAAGGCCAAGCUGGCCGAGUACGAGCGGCGCGGGCUCUUCUCCUUCUUCUGGGCAAAGUUCUUCUGUGCAGUGCAGGGGGAGCUGAACUGUUGCAACAGCAUGGGUGCCCUGGAGAUGCACCAGCGCCUGGAGCAGCUGAAGAGGAGCAUCCACCGCGUGCAUCUCUACUCCCAGGAUGCCAAGAAGAAGAGAAGAAAGCCAAAAUUGAAAUCAGAACCCAUCCUCUUGCGAGAUCGGUCAACCUCCCCAUGCCUGGCACCAACCUUGCUGCCACCUCCACCACUGCUGUCACCCACCACCACCAUGGCCUCUGCGGUGGCCCCAUCACCCCCUGUCUACACUAUGCCGAGGGCCUUUGGCCCCUUCCCUCCACUACCCAGCAAAUCGAUGGAGAAGUUGGAGGUUGCAAGGUCAGAAGUGAAAUUAAACUGGGCUGGCCUGUCAUCGAACCCAAAGAGCCACAUGGUUGAUCUGACUCCCUUGGUCCUCAACCCCGGAGGCUUCCAUUUCUCAUACCUGACUGGAAACAGUGCGCACAAGCUCCAUUGCCCUGGCUUCCCCUGGACCUCGGCUUGUAGUGGCUCCCCCAAUACCGAGGAGACGCCACCUGCUCCUGUGAAGGCCUCCAUCUUCACCCCACCUGUCUUGCUCAAGUUCCAGCCUGUGCCAAGACCCAAAGAUGACUCUGAGAAUGAUCCUAGCAGCACAGAGUCUGUGCCCCAAAAGAGGGGCCCAUAGCCUCUUCCCUACAGACCAUGGCUAAAGGAAUGAAUAAAGUUCCCAUGGAGGUGCCUUA